UAACCUAAAGUCAUAUAUUCAUAUGAAUGAGUCUUCUUUAGUUUCCUUUACACCUAAUGUUCCACCAUGUUCGAAUUUUUCGUAUAGCUUCUUCUCCUCUUCUUGUCUUCACAAAAUCUCUACAAACUCUCACUGAAUCAUCAAAAUCCUCUAAAAAAAACCCAACAAAUCUCCUCAAUUUCUGCUCAACGACCAAAUCUCUUCUUCAAACCCAACAAGCUCACGCUUUUUCCAUCAUCAAUGGCUUUCUUCCGUUCAGCAUUUCCAUCUCCGCAGCUCUCAUCCUCCGUUACGCGGCUUUUUCAUCAGACCCAAGAAUCGUACGGACAAUGUUCAACCAAAGUCUCCCUUUUUCCCGUUCGGCGUUUCUAUACAAUACCCUUAUUCGAGCUCAGACGAUUUUGGGUGUUGUGGGUGUUGUUGAGGUCUAUAAUGGGAUGUUGAGAAGUGGGGUUGAGCCAGAUGAUCAUACUUUCCCUUUUGUGAUUAAGCUUUGUACUGAUUUUGGUGAGGUUCGAAAAGGGUUGGAGGUUCAUGGGUGUUUGAUGAAAUUGGGUUUUGAUUAUGAUGUGUUUGUGAAUAAUACAUUGUUGUUGUUUUAUGGGAGUUUUAGUGAUUUGGUGGGUGCGUGGAAGGUGUUUGAUGAAAUGUUUGAAAGGGAUUUGGUUUCGUGGAAUAGUAUGAUUCGGGUGUUCUCUGAUAAUAGGUGUUAUUUUGAAGGUGUUGGGGUGUUUAGGGAGAUGAUUAUGUGGUUUGAGUUUAAGCCGAAUGUGGUAAGUGUUGUGAGUGUAUUGCCUGUUUGUGCUGUGCUGGAAGAUGGGGUAAUGGUUAGUGAGAUUCAUUGUUAUGGGAUUAAAGUGGGUUUGGAUUGUCAAGUGGCUAUUGGGAAUGCAUUCGUUGAUGCAUAUGGGAAGUGCUUGAAUAUUGAGUCGUCAAGACAAGUUUUUGAUGAGAUGGUUGAAAGGAAUGAGGUUUCUUGGAAUGCAAUGAUUGGUACCUUUGCUCAUAAUGGGUUUAAUAACCAUGCUUUGGAAAGUUUUAGGUUUAUGAUUGAUGGAGGUUGGAAUGUAAAUUCGACUACAGUUUCAAGUUUGUUACCUGUCUUGGUUGAACUUGGAAAGUUUAACAAGGGAAGAGAAGUUCAUGGUUUUUGUCUAAGAACAGGUUUAGAGUGUGAUGUAUUUGUUGCCAACGCCUUGAUUGAUAUGUAUGCAAAAUCAGAGCAUUCGGCUGAAGCAUCUGCUGUGUUCCACAAAAUGUGUUCAAGAAAUGUUGUGUCGUGGAAUACAAUGGUUGCAAAUUUUGCUCAGAAUGGGCUUGAGUUUGAGGCUAUAGGACUUGUCAGGGAAAUGCAAUCUAGCGAUGAAACUCCAACAUCUGUUACACUGACAAAUGUUCUUCCUGCAUGUGCACGAAUUGGUUGUCUUCGUUCAGGAAAGGAGAUACAUGCCAGGUCAAUAAGGAAUGGGUCUGUCAUUGAUCUCUUCGUCUCAAAUGCUAUAACCGAUAUGUAUGCAAAAUGUGGUUGUCUAAAUCUGGCACAAAAUGUGUUUGACAUGUCUCUUAGAGAUGAAGUAUCUUAUAAUAUACUCAUUGUUGGUUAUUCACAGACAAGUCAUUGCUCAAAGUCUCUUGUACUGUUCUCUGAAAUGGUGCCGACUGGGAUGAAGCACGAUACUGUUUCCUUUGUUGGUGUUCUCUCAGCUUGUGCAACUAUUUCUGCGAUUAAACAAGGAAAGGAAAUCCAUGCAUUUGCGGUUAGAAGAAUGUUUCAUGAACAUCUGUUUGUCUCAAAUUCUUUCUUGGAUUUGUAUACCAAAUGUGGACGGAUUGAUCUUUCUCAAAAGGUUUUUGAUAGGAUUGAGAACAGGGAUGUAGCAUCAUGGAAUACUAUGAUUUUAGGGUAUGGGAUGCUUGGUGAUAUACAUACUGCAAUUGAUAUGUUUGAAACCACGCGAGAGGAUGGUGUUGAACACGAUUCUGUCUCCUAUAUUGCAGUUCUAUCAGCAUGUAGUCAUGGGGGAUUAGUUGAUAAAGGAAAGAAAUACUUUAACGACAUGCUUGCUCGUAACAUUGAGCCAUCACAGAUGCACUACGCUUGCAUGGUUGAUCUUCUUGGUCGUUCUGGGCUUAUGGAUGAGACCAUUAAUCUUAUCACUCAUCUACCAUUUGAACCAGAUUCCAAUGUUUGGGCUGCGCUCCUUGGAGCAUGCCGUCUCAAUGGAAAUGUGGACUUAGGUUCUUGGGCAGCUGAGCACUUAUUUAAGCUGCAGCCGCAUCAUCCUGGAUACUAUGCUCUUCUCUCAAACAUGUACGCUGAAGCAGGGCGGUGGGGUGAAGCUGAUAGUAUAAGAGAGUUGAUGAAGCUGAGGGGAGUGAAGAAAAACCCUGGAUGUAGUUGGGUUCAAAUUCAAGACAAGGUGCAUGCUUUUAUUGUUGGAAAAAGACUUGAAGGAUUGGAUGGAACACUGGUGAAGAGGACUUGA